AUGGCCUAUGCGAUGUUGGCCGAGGCGUAUGAAGCCCAACGGGUUGCCCGCAACUAUGCCAAGGCAGCCAAGCGCAGUCUGAAGGCAGUUCAAGCCUUGCAACAGGAAAUGGUUGGUAAUGCCAACUCAGAGGCAGUUACCGCCCUCUUCAACCAGAAGUUGACAGGAGGCGCAGCUCCUCCGAAAUUGCAGAGUGCUGGAAUUGGCAGCAAGGCCAUGCAGACGAAGUUUGGCGAGGCGGAGUUCGCAGGGAGUGAAGCGCGCCCCGUUGGAGCCUUUUCAGUUCGCACUGUCACUGUUGGUCCUGAUGAGGAUGGUGAUGCAACAUGGGUGGAGGAAGCAACGACGCUGGUUCCUGAAACGUGUGUGGAACACCCUGCCACUGAAGUUCCAGACGAUGAUAUUGAAGAAUUCUUUCAAUUCCUGAUCGAGGAUGAUGGGGCCACGUGCGUUCGACAUGAUGAAGACGGUGGUGGACUUUUGGACGAAGGCAUAGAGCCUGAAUCCAAUGAACAGUUAGUUGAAUUCCCAUCCGAAUGGGAUGCUGACCAUGCAGAUGGACUCGUGGCUAAGAGGCCUCGGACAAAGUGAUUUGAAGUGUCAUGCCAAUAGAUUUUUGUUCUUGCCUUGGGUUGUGCCAAGCGCAGAGGGG